AUGUGAUGUUUGUUUUGACAGAGGACUCAGAGAAGCAUUACUUUGAGGGUUUACCGGUGUAUUUAUAUUGACCUAUCUGAUAAAACGUACUUAGUUUAAGCCUUUCCUUCUCCUUUAAGUAACCUGUGCUUUGGUUUCAGGGUGUCGGGGUAUACGGCAGUGUAUAACACAGAGUCUGUGCGGUUUUAUCUCCCAACGGCAGACAUGGUGGAGAAAGAGGGAAUGGGCAAAGGCUGCUAUUGGACCUCGCAGAGGAUUCUGGGAGUGACGCUCUGUGUUAUAAUCUCAUUGGCUGGAAUUGGGGUCAUAGCUUGGGCUGUAGUGACGUAUGUUUUGAAGAACGAAAACCAAAACUUAUACGCAGUCCAGGUAAACCUUCCGGACCACCGCUUGUCCGUGUACGAUGAGAAGGAAAAGGUGUGGCGUCUGGUCUGCUCAUCUUUCUCUAACCCAGAGGUGGCGACAUUGAGCUGCAAAGAAAUGGGCUUUAUUAGGUCUGAAAAAGUACUUCAACUGCUCGUCUAGAAUUGUUGUUCUAAAUCAGCAGCAUUCCUAGAGGGGAGCGGGCCCUGGUGCGUGACGCGCAAUCGGGCCCCGCCACCCUCCGUACGGGGCGGUUCCGGGGUGAAUUAGUGGCGUGUGGUGCUGCCGGGGGCCCUGAGGGGGUGUGGGCCCUGGCCGCUCGCACCCCCUGCUCCCCCGGUAGUUCCGCCACUGCUCUAAAUGUGACAUCACUUUUUUUAUUUCAACUUCAGCUACUUUUGAUAGAACAGAGUAACAACA